CCUCGCCACGGAGAGCGUUUGGGACCUCCUCCGGCGCGCCGCGGCGGGAGGGGCGGGGUGAGCCGCGCUGAGCGGCGCGCGCUUUAUCCCGGUGACGCACUCGGUUGCUAGGUGUGAAUGAACUGAUGCUUUGGGACAAUUAAGCCGCUCCUCAGUUUACAGGUCGACCACAACAAAGCAACAUCUCGUCCUUUUUUUUUGCGUCGUCCCGGACAUUCCGAGCUCGAACAUGGCUCUUUAAUUCCCUCCAAGUUGCUGGACCCUAGAAAGAAGUCGUGCUUUGCUUUUGCAACGCACCCCCAAGUGCUCUACACAUUUUUCUGCAAGAAUGGAGUUUCAUUAUGCCCACCCAGCCCUGCUCUCUGUGGCCCAUCUGUCAGACCCCGCUCGCUCUCAGCAUAUGCUCGGACUUGGACUGAAUCAACGCACCAACAGACAAAAUGAUGGCAACAUCAGCUCCUGUUUGGAUGACUCUUCGUGUCUACCCGGCAGACCCCCUCGCUCUCUCUCACCCACAGGCUAACCACAGCCAAUCACAGGGGUGCAGGGGGGAGGUGUCAGAGGAGAGUCAGCACUUAAUUGGUGAUGGUCUCACUGACUGGAUGACGGAAGAAGUGGAUUUCUCCUCGUACCUCCCAAACCCUCCUUCCCCUCCCUCCUCCACCAAUGCCUCCCUUCCCCCUUCGCCCCUCCAGAAUGAUAUCCAGGUGCCCUCUGACUUGGAGGUCAUGACCUCUCUGCUGCAAGAGGAACUCGCCCAACUAGAGGACUACUUCCUGUCUGAGCCACUGCCUGAGAAAGGGCCGAGGCUGGGAAAAUGCGACAGGGGUCCACAGCCGGCAGGUCCUCAGCCCUUCAGUCAGCUGCCAUAUGCAUCAUACUCGACAUCCACCCAAUCGGAAACAAGCCCACUUCUUGUUACCCUGGCAACCGGAGAACUGGACCUGCUCAGCAUCUGUGGCGGGCCCAUUGGGCGAUCCAAAAUUCCAAGACACGCCCCGUACAGCUGCAGUCGCCCCAGUGGGUGUGGUAGGAAGAGAGUUCCCGACGGCGUGAGGCUCAGCGACGGCUACGACAGCAGUUUGUUGAGUUCCAAAGGCAAUAACUCAGGUAACUCAGCUGUGACCCUCGCGAGUAAUUACAGCUGCGUAGAGGACGACCAGCUGGUAGGCAAAAGCUACUGUCUGGGCAGUGCAGUCGAACUUAGGCGAUGUGCUGUUUUACCCAAAGAAGAGAAAAAUUGUUGUUUCACCCAAGAUGCGAUCGGCGGCGGAAAGGUUGUUGGUGGCGGAUUUGGUUUUGGUGGAUCGUUCGAUGUCCCACACAAGAAAGAGGAUCUGUUGAUGUACAGCAUGAGGGAGGUCAGCGCAGGCACAAGCAACAGCGAAGUGCUCAACAGCAUCAAGGCCAGCGUGGAGGUGACAAAGGCCUCCGUGUCUUGGAAAAGCGAGAGUAGUGAAGCUUAUCUCCCAGCAGCACCACAGUCCGAGGCCUAUCACAGUUUCUUGGGCAGCAUGAACGAGCAGGUGAAAACAGAAAGUCUACAGUUGGCUCAGCACGACUUACACUGUAAUUUCCUUGAGGAUCAGGGCCCCGAGUGUCUUUUAAUGGCCAGGGAGAGUCUGAGUAUGGAGUCUUCAGGCAUCAGGCAAGCAUGCAGGCUGAAGGAAGACCAAUGUGCUGUGAAAUACGAAGUGGACCUCCUUCCAGCUGAGGGUGGGGAGCGCAAACAAAAGAAGCGAGAUCAGAACAAAACCGCCGCUCACAGGUACCGCCAGCGGAAAAGGGCGGAGCUAGAUUCCCUGGAGGAGCAGCUGCAUUGUCUCGAAGGCAGGAACCGGGAACUCCGGGACAAGGCUGAGUCUGUAGAACGCGAAAUCCAGUACGUCAAAGACCUGCUGAUUGAAGUUUACAAGGCCCGUAGCCAAAGGCUCAAGCAGGACACCACAGCGUAACACCGACCUCCUGCAAGUACACCUGAAGAGCGCGCAACAGGGAAAAUGCCAAGCGCUUUGUGUCUUUAAGUCUGUCCAGAAUUGAAUGUUUCGAUUCUAUAUUUUUUUUAUGGCGAGGGGGUGAUUGCAUGCUUUGCUAAUGUGUUUUUUUUUUUUUUUUGUUCUACUUUUUAAUAUUUUAAAUCAAUAUUUUAUCCAAUGCUUCCAUGGCUUUCGCACUCAAAUCACUUGAGUCUCCACUGUGGCAUUGCAAUGCUUUAAAUGACAAUCAUUUUGAAAGAGGUCUCGCACCUCGAGAAUCCAACAACUGAGUUAGAAUCGACUCUGAAGAAGCAAUGUUUUUCAUGAUGCAGGUUUUAUAUUUUUGAUAGCCUUACAUUUGAAUCGAUGUCAGCAAUAUAACAUAUUUUCUAUUUCAUUAUUUCCAUUUUUUUUUGUUUUUGCAAUCAUUGUA